GUCGUGGCCUCCUUCAUUCCCUUUCUUUAUGUAACGAAAAGAAGCUGGACACGAUAUUUGUGUUCUUUUUUUCUGUGACAUUAAUUGGUUCUGUGUGGCUCUCUUUUCUUAUCCCUACUACUACAAAUAUUUCUCCUAUAAAACUCAUGAUUUAUAUUACAACGUCUUAGCAUAGAAAUGUCUAACCAAGUGAAUUCUGUCCAGCAAUGGCCAGAAUUCAUAUUACCCAACUCGUUGUAUACCGAUAAUAUUAGAGAACUCCAUACAGAAAUUGAACAUAAAUGGGAUAUGUCGCGACGAUCAGCGUGCCAGAUUGCAGCAGGAAGGGCACUGUGGAGGCAUGUGAUAAAUGAUCCACUAGCUGAGUUACUAGCAGGAGAGACAUACCUCAAAAGCUUGUAUGAAAAGAUUAAGAGGGAUUGUCUUAAUAAUGCAACAGAGGUUUCUGGUGUAAUGAUUGCUGUUAGAACACUAUGGUUUGAUAAACAAAUUGAAGCUGCUCUUAGUUCCUUUGAUGGUGGAGCAACACAAGUUGUCCUUCUUGGAGCAGGUAUGGAUACAAGGGCAUACCGCUUAAGUUGCUUGAAAGAAAGUGAUAUUUUUGAGGUUGAUUUCCCAGAGGUCUUGCAGAUGAAAAUUACUGUUCUAAAAGAAGCAAGAAAUGAUCAAAAACACCCGAUGAUGACAUCAAAAUCACUGAAGAGAGUGGCAGCUGAUUUAAGAGAAAAGGAUUGGCUUAAAAAGCUUCAAUCAUCAGGAUUAGAACUAAAGAAAAAUACAGUGUGGGUAUUAGAAGGCAUCCUCUACUAUCUAUCACAUUCUCAUGCAAUGGAAGUACUCAAUGUUAUCGCUAAUAACUGUGCCUCUGCUCAUACAGUACUUUUAGCAGAUUUCAUGAACAAGCAAUCAACCAAAAUGUGCAGCUCCAUUUUCCAUUUCUAUAGUGAUUGGCCUGAUCUGUUAUUGCCAUCACUAGGAUUUUCUCAAGUUAAACUUUCUCAGAUUGGUGAUCCAGAUGCCCAUUUCGGGCUGUUGCAUAAUCCACUAAAUUUGUUCAACAAGUUGCGCAGCUUGCCACGGUCAAUACAAACUCAUCCUGAUGAUGGAACACCGUGUUGUCGGUUGUAUUUGCUUCAGGCUUCUGGAGCACCACCUAUUUAAACUAUUCUUUGAAUCGUGUUAAUUGUUACUAAUGGUGUUUACUGAUAAGCCUAAUUUUCUAGCUAGAUUAGAAGUAGGCAACAUUAUUUAUUGGUGCCUUGUGGCACUACUGAAACAAUUUGAACUAGUGACCAUGUCAUUCAAGCUAUGUUUACUAUAUGAAUGUUUUAUUCUUCA